CACACGAGUGGGAGGACUUCGCUGCCACUUGACACACUGUCAGCUUUGAGUUACACCCAGCUCCUUUCCUCCCAGACAGUAGCGCUUCUCUCCCGGAGGUGGAUGGAGGUCAUUUGAUUGCAUCUUUCCCAACAAACCGGGGCAGGAUGGGAGUGUCUUCUUGGCUCUGGAAAUCAAUCCUCCUACCUUGUCCUGAAGCCACCCGCCGCCCUUUCCCGGCCCUCCCUUCGCAGUGAUUUUCCUGUCGGGGACUCCCAGCGAGAGCAAGCGGCUGGUGACCGCCCCGCCCUAAAGGUAGGAGCCAGAGAGCACGGCUACCGCCCCGGGGGUCUCUGAGCCCACCGGCAGCCACCGGGCAGCACUUUUCGGCAGGAACUUGGGGGCGGCGGCCACCGAGCAUCUGGCGCCAGCAAUAAGGAGGAGCUUCCCGCGGCGUAGCACACAGCCGCCGGGGGACCCAGAGUCCGGCGCUGAGAGCUGUAAGGGGAACGUUGGCGGUCUCAGCCUCCGGGCCACACUGCGCCUCGCUCCGCUCUGCUCCUUCGCCACAUCGGGGGUAGGGGUGGAGGGAAGGGAUCGCGUUCUUGUCACCCCGCUAGCUCAGGCUUCCGCUCGCCGCCUGCUCGGGACCCGAUGCUGCAGACGCCACGGGACAGACAGAAGCGCGCUGCGGAGAGCCCUGUGCAUGCCUCUGCGGUGGCCGAGCUCGGGCCUCGGCAGCACGCACACGUGAAGCAACAACAAAGCCCCUCAUCUUGGAUUAUUUCCAGCAUCAAGACCUCCACAUGUCAACAGCAGGCUCCUGAGGCAGUCCAUCCUCCUCCAACUCUCCUCACUACAUUCUUCAGAAAGAGAGGGUCUUCAGGAAACACACCCCAAAAGCGCAGAUUUAUUUACUAAUUCAUGUAUUUGAACCAUCGUGGAAGACCUCUGCAUAUUCAUCUCCCCUCACUUUGGACUCUGUUUCAGGCAGGCCAGCCAUGAAAGGGUAUCUGGUGGCCAUAUUCCUGAGUUCCAUCUUCCUCUAUUAUGUACUAUACUGUAUACUGUGGGGAACAAAUGGCUAUUGGUUCCCAGCUGAAGAAAUGAGGACUAGAAACAAUGUCAAUAAUUGUUUUAAAAAGCCAGCUUUCGCCAAUCUUCUGAGAUUUCCUCAGCUUUACCCAUUUCUGUGCAGAGCUGACUUUAUAAAGGUUGCUGCCAUGUCCGGUACCAAUAAUUUUCCGUUGCCCUAUGGAAUAAAGACCUUCGAGACAUAUUUCAGCUCGGCCCUUUCAAAACUGCAGAGUUGUGAUCUCUUUGACGAGUUUGACAGAGUGCCAUGUAAAAGGUGUGUGGUGGUUGGUAAUGGAGGAGUGUUGAAGAAUAAGACAUUAGGAGCAACAAUUGACUCCUAUGAUGUAAUAAUAAGAAUGAACAACGGUCCUGUCUUAGGCCAUGAAGAGGAAGUUGGGACAAGAACAACCUUCAGGCUUUUUUAUCCAGAGUCUGUCUUUUCAGACUCCAGUCACUAUGACCCCAAUACUACAGCGGUUCUCGUCGUCUUUAAGCCACAGGAUUUAAGGUGGCUGGUGGAAAUACUGCUAGGUAAAAAAAUAAAUACUCAAGGGUUUUGGAAGACACCAGCCUUAAAACUGAUCUAUAAACAAUACCAAAUCAGAAUAUUAGAUCCAUAUAUCACCAGCGAAGCAGCUUUUCAAAUGCUUCGUUUUCCCAGAGUAUUUCCCAAGGAUCAGAAACCCAAACACCCUACAACAGGAAUUAUUGCCAUCACAAUGGCCUUUCACAUAUGCAGUGAAGUGCACCUCGCUGGUUUUAAGUACAACUUUUACAGCCCCAACAGUCCUUUACACUACUACGGGAAUGCCACCAUGUCUUUGAUGAAGCAGAAUGCAUAUCACAAUCUGACUGCAGAGCAGCUCUUUUUAAACGACAUUAUAAAGAAAAAAAUGGUGAUCAACUUGACUUAAAAUUGACCCUAUGGAUCCAAAAGAUGAUGAUGCUAAACAGUAUUAGUUUUAUUUUUGUACUGCAAAUUUUAGUUUAUUUUUAAAUAUAUUGGAUGAACUUAUCAAAUUAUGUGUAUUAAGUCUGUUGCUGCCUGGUGACUUGUAACCACCGGCUAAAGUUCUGUGAAUAUAUUUAUGAAAAAACAAGAAGAUUUUUAGUUAAGAUAUCAGGGAAAAAUGUGAAGUUUUGAUUAUGUUGUUUUAAAAUGUGAUCUUUUUAGUGCUCUGAGGUGUUUUAAAAUACCUUCUCAUAGUUCCUUCAUCUUAAAGAGUUCUAGGAGAUUUAGUGGACUUCGCCCGUGCUGAUAGUCACGUAUCACUUUGAACUGCUGAUUUAGAUUGCUUACUCAUGGGCAUGUGACUGGGAGCCAGGUGCAGAACACGAGAAUCACCUGUAAGUCCGUGGUGUCCAUUGUGGUUUCAUUAAGUUCUCUUUACAAUUAAUUAAACCAGUAAUAAUGUAAUAAUUUGCUGUGAGGGAGGAAAAAAUAGCCUUCUGCAUGCUUGGAAAGCGCGCUCUUCUAACGAGCAUCCUGAGACUUUGAUUUGGAAGGGGUGGGGGGAGGGGCAGCUUCUUACUAUGUAGCCUGGGCUAGGCUCGACCUUGGUUUUCUUGCCUCAGCUUCCCAAGUACUGGGAUUACAGCUAUGUGCCAAUUGCUGCACCCUCUAGCAUCAUUUUUCAAAACUACAAAGUUUUUGUUGUUCGUUUUAGACAGGGUCUAUGUAGUGCUGGAUGGCCUAGAACUACAAUGUAGUGCAGACUAGACUUGAGCUCAGAGGUGAGCCUACCUGUGGGAAGAAGAAAACCUUAAAUGUUUCUAUGAAGAAAAUCUUAAGAGUAAAACAAUGCAAGUAAAACCUUAA